CCCGGGGAGAGGCCGAGGGAGGCUGAGAACCUCUGGUGCUGUGGGUGGGGGCAAAGUCCUCCCGGCAGCCCGGAGGCCAAGCGGCGGAGGUGGGAGGAUUUGGGCGGCGCAGGACGAGGCCUUGCAGCUGUCAGCAUGGCCACGCAGAUGUUUGAGGGGAGAGGGCAUGCGGCCGUCUACCAGAAAUACCGCUUCAGCCCCGGCGAGGAGCUGCAGGGAGCCAUCCUCGGCUACCUGAGGGAGAAGGGCACAAACCCCACGGAGCUGGCCGUGGACGUGGGCUGCGGGUCGGGGCAAGGCACACGAUUCCUGGCAGAGCGCUUCGGGAAGGUGGUGGGCACGGACAUCAGCCAGGCGCAGAUCCAGGAGGCCAAGGCCGCCUCCUCGCCUCCCAAUGUCUCCUACCUUGUGUGCCCUGCGGAGGAGCUGCCUUUUGAGGAUGCCUCGGUUGACCUCCUUGCUUCGUUCACGGCCGCGCAUUGGUUCGACAUCGAGAAGUUCAUGAGAGAAGUGAACCGCGUGCUGAGGCCGGGCGGCUGUGUGGCCAUCAGCACCUACACUGUGGACAUGAGCCUACACUACGGAACCUGCUCUGAGAAGCUGACCCAGAUCUUCAGGGAGACCUGGGGACAGCUCUUAAAACAUUCACAUAGUAGAGUAAAACACGUCCUGGAAGACUACAAAGAGAUAUUUGAGGCCUUGCCAUUUCCAGACAAGAAGAGAAUCACUGACAUCUACGACAAAAUUCCCAUGACGGUUGCUGGUGUGGUUGGGUACUUAGAGUCUGCCUCUCCCUACCAAGUCUUCAUGAAGAACGACCCCGAAGCUGCAAAAACUCUCCUCCCGGAGAUGGAAAAGAGGUUGCUGGAGGUGAUGGGGGUCCCCUCGUGUGAAACCCCCCUGGAGUUCUGGGUGAGGCACGUCUGCAUACUGGGGCACAAGAAAGUGUGAGAGCAAAAGCCUCUGGUGCUGGAAAGUAAGGAAAAAGAGGAUUUCCUAAUACCUUGCUCUUAUUCCCUGGGGAAAUUGGUGAUUUUGGUGAUUAAAACCUUAAAAAUCCUUAACCUUCUGUGGAAAGCAGAUAUGGGUUGAAUAUAAGACCCUGUCUGUGCUGCAGACAUGGUCUGCCCAGUGCUGCUCUGUUGGUGCUGGGAGGGUCCCUUGUGGCUGACAUUCCUUAGACAAUUAAAAGUAAAUAAAAUAAAGUUCCUUGUGGCUGCUUCUU